UAUAUAAUUUGACAGUAUUUUUAUUCUAAUUUAAAUUAUUGCUGACAAUUUAUUAUAAUUUGUCUAUAAAAAUGGCGAAUACAUUACAAAAUUGGAGUCCAUUUGCCAAAGAAUAUGAUCCCUUGAAAGCAGGUAGUAUUGAUGGUACAGAUACAGAACCACAUGAUAAAGCUAUUAGCCGUGCCAUGCAAGCGCAUUAUGAAUCUCCUCAUGGCUUAAAAUCAAAACCAGAAAGAACAUUAUUCGUUGCUAGAUUUGGUCCAAAAAUUACAAAACAUGAUUUAAAGGAGUUUUUUUCUAAAUAUGGAGAAGUCAUAUCGGCAAAAGUUAUAGUUGAUAUUGUAACUGGAUUAUCUCAUGGUUAUGGAUUUGUAGAGAUGAGAAGCGAAGAUGAAGCUAAAAGAGUACUUAGACGCUGUGUUGAUGCUACAUUAAAAGGUUAUCAAAUUUUUAUAGAUUAUGAGUGUGGACGCACUUUGAAAGGAUGGAAACCAAGAAGACUUGGCGGUGGUUUUGGUGGUAAAAAGGAAUCGGGUCAACUUAGAUUUGGUGGAAGAGAUAGACCUUUCAAAAAACCAAUUGUACCUAAUAUUAUAAGGUCUCAUCAUCAUCAUCAAGAACAUACACAUCAUCAUACUCAUCAUCAUCACCAUCAUCAUCAUCAUCAUCAUCAUCAUCGUCAUCAUUAAAAUUUUAUAUUUUAAUCUUAUUUUUGGGAAUUUUAUUUUAUAACUAAAAAUCAUAAAUGAAAUGCAACAUUAAGAUAUUUUCCAAAAAUAUUAUUGUGUAAUAUUUUACUUGUGUUCGUUGAAAGAUUUUUCUGUAAAUUUUGCAGUUUUGACUUGUAUCCAAUAUAAAUAUUUAAGAUCUAUAUAUUUUAUAAAGA